GUCGCCAUUUUGAAAUUUGUGAAAAAAUUGUUUGCAAGUAAUUGUGAAAAUAAACCACGCGCUUAAAUUUUUAAUCACAAAUUAGAAAAAAUAGGUCACAGUCGACGUUGAUAAGGAUCUCAUUUUACAGCUAACUAAAUAAAUAAUAGGCAAAAUGGUGGAUAAAAUUGAAAUGAGCCUUGACGACAUAAUCAAGUCGACCCGGUCGCAGAAAAAACCACAGGGUGGCCGCGGUGGCGGACCCGCUGGACGCCGUCCUGGCUCUAGUCCCCGUUUUCCAGUCGCUGGUGGGCGUCGUGGAGGCGGCGCCGCUGGUGCUUCUGUUCCACCUCGUAAGGGUGCAGCAUCUGGUGCUGGAGGCGUUGCUAAAGGUCGGCGCGGAGCCCCCGCUGCGGGUGGCGUCGUACAGAAAGCGAAGUUUGCACGGGGUGAUGUGAACAGCGCUUGGAAGCAUGAUAUGUACGAUGGACCCAAACGAAGGGCUGCGGCUGGCGGAAGCAGCUUGCCGGGUCCCACACGAUUGAUUGUGGGCAAUUUGGAUUAUGGCGUUUCAAAUAUGGAUAUCAAGGAACUAUUCAACGAUUUUGGGCCUAUGAAGAAGGCGGCCGUACAUUACGAUCGUUCAGGCAGAUCCUUGGGCACUGCUGAUGUGAUUUUUGAGCGUCGCUCAGACGCUUUGAAGGCCAUUAAACAAUAUCAUGGUGUGCCCUUGGAUGGCCGACCAAUGACCAUACAGCUUGCCGUUUCUGACGUAACCGCUCUUACCCGACCAGUGGGUGCAGCUGAUGUUAAGCGACGCGUCGGUGGACCAAACACCAGUCCCUAUAAGCGUGGUGGUGGUCAAACAGGCGGCCGUGGUGGCUUCCGUCGUCCAGGCAAUAAUGCUGGUGGCAAACCCGGCGGCGGAACUAAUCCUCGCCGUGAGCGGAAGGCCGCACCAACUGCCGAAGAACUUGAUGCCGAACUGGACUCGUACAUUAAUGACAUGAAGAUCUAAAAAUUAAUUUAAAUAAGCUGUAUCUAGUUCUUAGUCUAGAAAUCUUAGCCUAACACACACAAAAAACCACGAACACAACCAACCAUCCUAGUUUUAAGGUAUAAUCUUUCUUCUACCAUAUGGACUUAACAAUUAAUGGUAUAUCAAUUGCAAAAAGAAAAUAAUACAAAUUACACUUGGUAAUUUGACAUAAAAAUAAUCUUUAAUAAGUCGAAACAUACAAAUUUCGAGCAAAUACAA